AUGGCCUGUGGCCCCAAGCAGUUGCCUGCCAAGCUUGUUCACAAACUCCGCUUCUGGUUCUGUGGAUCUGAAUGUCUAUCUGCUGCCUUCAACAUCGUGAACCAUCAGAUCCUCCUCUCCACCUUCUCAGGGCUGUGGGUGACAGGCCGCUCCUACCAGGUGGAGGCAUGCAUCUGUGCGUGCCUGGCAAAUAUCUCAACGUGGAUAUCAGCCCACCACCUCAAACUCAACAAGACGGAACUGCUCUUCCUCCAGGGGAAGGCCUGCCUGCUCAAACACUUCUCCAUUACGGUUGACAACUCCGAAGUGUCGCCCUCUCAGAGUGCAAAGAACCUUGGCCCAUCCGUUGGCCUUGUUUGUCAAAACAAUGAGCAAGGUCUUCAGCAAAAGUGCUUCGAUUAUGAGAUUCGAGUGAAAUGUUGUAAAUGUUUAACCACAACACACAUCCCAACCACCGAAACAACAACAGUUCCUCACAUCACUACUCCUACACCCACUACUACAACCUCAACAUCGACAGCUCCACCUACAACAAAAACAUCAACUCAGACUCCCAGCCCUAGCACAACUCCAACCACUACUCCUACAUCAACCUCAACAGGAGUAACACCUACCAAAUGCAGUGGUGAAGAAACAUGUGUGUGGUCAGACUGGAUCAACCUUGGUCAGCCAACGUCUGGCUCUGAAGGUGGAGAUAAUGAAUCCAUUAAGAACAUCAUUGCUGCUGGUUAUCACAUUUGCUCAGCUCCAGAGGCAGUUGAAUGUAGAGCAAAACAAUACCCUGGACUUCAGAUCUCUCAGCUUGGCCAAGACGUUACUUGCAAUCCAUCCGUUGGCCUUGUUUGUCAAAACAAUGAGCAAGGUCUUCAGCAAAAGUGCUUCGAUUAUGAGAUUCGAGUGAAAUGUUGUAAAUGUGGAACCACAACACACAUCCCAACCACCGCAACAACAACAGUUCCUCACACCACUACUCCUACACCCACUACUACAACCUCAACAUCGACAGCUCCACCUACAACAAAAACAUCAACUCAGACUCCCAGCCCUAGCACAACUCCAACCACUACUCCUACAUCAACCUCAACAGGAGUAACACCUACCAAAUGCAGUGGUGAAGAAACAUGUGUGUGGUCAGACUGGAUCAACCUUGGUCAGCCAACGUCUGGCUCUGAAGGUGGAGAUAAUGAAUCCAUUAAGAACAUCAUUGCUGCUGGUUAUCACAUUUGCUCAGCUCCAGAGGCAGUUGAAUGUAGAGCAAAACAAUACCCUGGACUUCAGAUCUCUCAGCUUGGCCAAGACGUUACUUGCAAUCCAUCCGUUGGCCUUGUUUGUCAAAACAAUGAGCAAGGUCUUCAGCAAAAGUGCUUCGAUUAUGAGAUUCGAGUGAAAUGUUGUAAAUGUGGAACCACAACACACAUCCCAACCACCGCAAACAACAACAGUUCCUCACAUCACUACUCCUACACCCACUACUACAACCUCAACAUCGACAGCUCCACCUACAACAAAAACAUCAACUCAGACUCCCAGCCCUAG